AGCACCGCGCAGCCGCCUGCGCCGCAGGAACCCCCCGUGCAGGCCUCGGCGCUGGUACGGAUCCCGGGAUUCAGCCGCGCGCGCCCUGCCCGGCCCCGCGCCGUCCCCACCGCACGAUGCGCGCGCUGCCGCCGCCCGCGCCGCUCCUGCUGCUGCUGCUGCUCGCGCUCCUGGUCGCUCCCGCGGCCCGCGCCAGCAGAGCCGAGUCCUUGUCCGCGCCGCAGCCCGAACCCGAGCGCGAGUCGCGGCCGCCGCCUGGCCCGGGCCCCGGGAACGCCACCCGGACCGGGUCUGGGGCGGCGGGCGGCGGCGGCAGCUCCAACAGCAGCGGCAACGCCUUGGUGACCCGCAUUUCCACCCUCCUCCGCGACCUACCCACCCUCAAGGCAGCCGUGAUCGUGGCGUUCGCCUUCACCACCCUCCUCAUCGCUUGCCUGCUGCUGCGCGUCUUCAGGUCAGGAAAGAGGUUAAAGAAGACCCGCAAGUAUGACAUCAUCACCACUCCAGCCGAGCGAGUGGAAAUGGCGCCGCUGAACGAAGAGGAUGAUGAGGAUGAGGACUCCACAGUAUUCGACAUCAAAUACAGCAGGAAGAGGCUUCCAGCAUGGAAAGAACUGAUUUCAUAGAGAACCUGCAGCUGGAUCAGGUUCAUCCCAGAAAAGCAGACAGCGCGGGCUACCUGAAGUUUGGGGAGGGAUCAGGUUUGUUUCAGCCCCACGAGUCAGAUAACAUUACAGCAUCCUUGUGGGGGCAACUUCCAUGGGUCUUUCUGGGGGAGUGACCUGCCAGAGUUUCUAGUGGGGAAGGGCUUAGAGUGUGACUCUUCGUAGGAAUAAUUUGAGGCCUGGGAUGCUGCUAUCAUUUUUCCAGAGUUUUUUCUUCUUCUGACAGAUGCUGCUGGCAGUACCAACCUGGGACACCAUAGUCCAAGUUUACAGCUUGAGCUUCCCUGGAUCAACUUGACAACAUGAAGCUAAGCUGGAAGCCCAUGAGGGUUGGUUUACUUCAGGCUCACCCUUAUUUUGAGAGUAUAGCCCUUCAGGGUUAGGGUAAAGGAGGUGAGGGGACCUAUUUGGGUUCCCAACUUUGGUGGCGCUGGGCUGUGGCUUUUGCCUGUGAGCCAUCAGAUGGGCAGUGCAGCUGAUGAGCUCAUUCAUUUGGAUCCACCAGUGGCCUCAAGGCAAAAGCAGCAUUGAGUGCUGGGUUUACUGUCCUGAGUUCUCUUCUCUUUGACUGACUCUGCCCUGCCAUUCCUCACUAUCUUGUUAUUCUUGCUAUCUCUUUGAUGUCUGUAGGAAGACAGUUUUUUUUUUUUUUUUUUUUUCUUGGAGAAAUGUGGCUUUGUUUUGUUGCCCAGGCUCCUGUUCUCAAGCGAUCCUCCUGCCUUAGCCUCCCAAAGUGCUGGGAUUACAGGUAUGAGCCACCGUGCCUGGCCUUAUUUGUUUAUUUAUUUACUUAAAUGUCCCACUCUACUUUCAUAACUGUCCUUAACGGAUGGUUCCAGUGGCCUUGAACGGGAAAUCUUGGCUACUUUGCUCCACCUUUCGUUGUGGUGGGGCUUCUUGCCAACUUCAGAGGUGUGUACAGGCUGGGAAAGCCGAGUGCAGUAGAGCCUUGGGGAGGGGAAAGGGCAGAGGGGAAGGUGGAGGAGGCUGGUGCAUCUGGGCCACCCAGGAGAGCCUCCAGAACUGGCAUCUACAUUCAUCUGCCAUGGAGUCCAUCUUUCCUGAGGGGCUUGGCAGACAGGGACAGCUUGGAAAGAGAGAGGAAGAGCCACAGUGCCAGAGUGGCCUGCAGAGGAUCAGAGAGGAGGGGUCAGGCACCAGGGAGGCCCCUCUGCAGAACAUGCUGAUGGCCUGUGGGGCAGAAGUCUUUCUUUUCUAAUGAUUACCUCGGCCUUAGACUUUUACCAUUUUUGGAUGCCAAGGAAAAUCAGGCUUCUGAGCUUGCGAAGGCUGGGUGGAGUUCCUUGUGUCGCCUCUGGCCUUCAUAUGGCUUCCAGAAAGAAGCAUCCCCUUUAACUUCAUAAUUCCAUAGGUCUUUUAGUUUGUAAGAAAUCUAUCUAUUCACUUACUUAUUCAUUUCACAAAUAUUUACUGAGCACCUGGUAUGUGCCAAGUCCUAUUCUGGGCACUGCAGACAUACCAGCCUCCAAGACAGACAAAAAGAAAAAGCCCUGCCCAUCUAGAUUUCACAUUCUCAGGCCUGUUUCCCUGCAUGAGGAUAUGUUUAGAAAUCUUUCACCUGCCUAAGUCCUCAGGGUAACGGUUUGCUCUCCUCGUGCUACAGAUUCCACAACUCCCUGCCAGGUUUACUUGCUUUUGUGCAAGGAAGAUUUCCUCUCCAAGACUUGCACUCAUAUUUGCUGAUAGCCCAAGGUGCAUGGAGUUUCUUUAGCUUCUAUCACCAGCCUUCUGGGAGUGGGCAGAUCUCUGCCACAGUUACACCUGCAGGGUGAGGCAGCUUGCAUAGCAAAGCAGAGCUCAGUGUUGGGGCCCACAAGGCUUUCAUCAAGGGAAGAAUGCAGGUGGAGGGUGACAGGUGAGUGUCUCUAGAUGGUCAGAGGGGGCCUGUGGCUUACUGCCUCAGUGCCCCAAAAUUUCAGCUAAGGGAACUACAGGAGAGGUUCAUUGAGCUGGAAUGUUUAUAUCUGAGACCAGGAAAUGACUUUGCUGGGGUUUAGAUGUCUCUCUAACUUCAGAGGAGUACAGAGAUCGAAAAAACGCUUGAUCCAGUCAUAGUAUCUUCUGGAUACAUUCAUUUGCAUUGUCUGUUACACAGAUUAGGAAAUGGGAUGCAUAACAUAUUUGCAUGAUUAUAAUUUAUUACUUCCCCGGGGAGCAGGAAGGGACUGCCUCAGGUCUGGUGAAGCUCCUGUGCCCCAGCUUUAGAGGUAGAUGGGUGAGGCAAGAGCGAUUUCAUGCCUUCCUUGAGGCAAGACGUCCUCUUCUAGACAAGGGGGAGGGCAGCUUGUGUGUCUUGAGGGCCAUGCUUCUCCAUCUACCCCCAUAAAUAAAGCAGUUAGUGUGGGUUCCCCAGGUGUGGCUAUAUUUGAGGAUAUUUUAACAGGAAUGCAGAGAGGCUAUAGAUCAGGUUUGACAGUUUGCUGCAUGCCAACACACACUUUGCUUGUGUUUUAAAAUGUAAGCUCUGAUAACAUCCUACAGGGCUCACGAGGACGCCUUAGCAGCUGACUGCUAAGGGAAGUGCCUUUCUCCAGCCCAGGUAGCAUUUCUGUGGGUCAUGGCUGGUGUUCGGCUGACAACAGAAGUUUUCUUUCUAAGACCCAGUUACCCUCUGGAGGAAAGCGUCAUCUCUUCUAGAACCCCUUUGUUUUUAUCUUUCUAAUACCCCUUUAGCAUCAUGUUGUUAUUCUCCAAGGAGUCUGGCAGGCAAGAACUGGUUUGGUUACUGUAUUUGAUUGCUUUUGUGGAGUCCAAUAAAGAGGACUAUUGUUUCUAGGAGGUCACUGGAAGCGUGCACCUGACUCUCUGGUGAGCACAAUGUUAGGGCCAGUGUGGGGCUGAAGGUGUCCCGAAGCCCUGCUCUGAGCUCAGAAGACUUCUGUUAAUGAUUUCAGUCACAAUCAAACCAGGUAUGCCCAGAGCUGAGACACAGCUGAGCCACGCAGGAAGAGAGGGCAGUGUCCUACAAUAAACUGUUGAUACAGAUCUCUCUACCAUGUGCUGGAUUCAUUAGGGCAAGGGCUGGGUUCUUCUUUAGUAUUUGUACCCAGUUCCUGUCGGUAGCUGGUGUACUCAGGUAACUCUCAGUAGGUUUUUGUGAAUUAAAUUGUAUCCUCAGAUACCGCCUUAGAAUUUCAAAAUCCGUGUUCAAAUUCAAAUGGAGAUUCUCAUAGCAGAGGCCAACACCUCCAAAAGAGCUUGCAGGGAGUUUUCCAAUGUGUUACCCUUCGUUUACACUUCCACCUCAUUCUCUCUUUUCCUCGGUUAUCAAUAAUCAGAAUUCUAAGUAGCUGGGUAUCUAGUCACUCAGUUGACUGAUAGAAGAAAACUCAGUUCUUUGAGAUUGUGUCAGGGUGGACCAAACCGCAGUAACAAACAGACCCAAAAUAUAAUGGUUUAAACACUCUAGAUGUUUCUUUUUUUCUCACAUAAUAGUCCAAGGCAGACAUUCCAGAUUGUCUGAGUAGGGGCAGGAGAGAAAGUUCGGUUGCCUGUGUUCCUUCAGGAGAUAGGCUGAUAGUGGCUUUGCCAUAUUCCAGUAUUAACUGGCUCCCAAUGUUGCUAUCACCACUGUCAUUGUCAGUAUAGCCUAUGGGACCUGGGGAAGAACACAGAGGAGAACAUCUGGGAGGUCUUAUGGCCACUUGGAAGCAGCGUGCACCUCUUCUGCUCACAUGGGAAAGAACAUGGUCAGACGGCCACAGCCAACAUCAUGACUGGGAAAUGGGGUAGUGGCUGGUCAACCAUGUACCUUGGAAACGGAGGAAAAUUUGGGUGGGAGUAGAUGAGACUCAGGGUCUUGGAUUUGGAAGAGAUCUUAAGUGUGAACUCAUCCAAUGGCCAGCCCUGGAUAAGCACUGGUCUUCCUGCUGGACUGCUCCCUGCCCCCAUGAUGUACCUCAGCUUACUUUCUGAUCCAGGAAUACUAAGUAUCGUCAGUGGAAAGAAAGGCAGGAAGGGUUUCUUCUUUCAGAUACAUUCUUUGCCACUUGACAAAAAAUGGUGAUCCAGAAGAGGGAGAAAAGAAAUCCAGAGAAGCUGCCUGCAUGGGGAAACUCAUUCUGUGUCCCUCAUAGUGUGAGAUCAUGCCUCCCAGAAGGGGCUGUGUCACUGAUGAUGUUAUGGGAUCCCUAGAAACCACAGCUACACGUUGAAUCAUAACUGCUGCUUCCAGUUCACUGUGGUUGCAUUUCUAGAAGGGUAACUAUUUUUUGUCAUUUUGGAGACAAGCCAGCAUCAACCCACAGGUGACUUUAGAAGGCCUUUCUGCACCCUAAUUGCCUACCUUCUGAAUAAGGGCUUACUUUUUGGCUUGGUUGACCUAACUUCUUCCGUCCAUUCCAUUUCUACACACCCUCCCCACAGCCCCACCAGAACUUUCUUACGCAAACCCUCCAGUCCUGGCCUGCUGUUAUCUGUUGAUCAUUUUGGACUCUCGUGUUCUUGCCACUGCCCUUGAGCUCCUAUUUCACCUCCUGGUGGAGACCACCCCAGUCAUCUCACCCCCUCUUGGUCACUUGUGGGCACUUAUCCACUGCCUGGAUUACUGCAUUUAUUUGUCCUGCGUUAGUCAUGUCUUCUCUGUGACAUUGUAUACUCCCUGAGCAUUUGGGAUUUGUCUUGUGUUUUGUGACUUUCUCAGGCUUCGGCGUGGUGCAGUGAACAUUCUGUACACAUUUCUGGACAGUGGAAGUCUUGUGAGAACCUGGGAGACUCUGCAGUGACUUGAGCCUGAGGCAUAGAUGAAUGUAAUCAUUGGAUGAUAGGGAUUGAUAAAACCCCUCUACCAGUGGCUAGGAGCAGAAGACGAGACUCAGCAGCAGGAGAAACAAGAGGAAGGGCUCCCAGCUUCACUCAGCAUCAGCGAACCCCACCGUAGCUGGAUCAAAUCCGAACGGGCCACACCCUGGGGCCUUAUAGACUGUCUGGGCAAUGGCAGGGACGCUGCUAGAGGCUGACCGUGUUCUUACUGGAAACACUCAGCUCAAUGGAUGGGACAACAGCUCCCCAAGGAGAUGGGGGAGCAAGGCCAAGCCAGGAAAGCGGACUCGAGGAGAGCUUUGGGCCACCUCACCUACGUUCCCUGCCUCAUCCCCCUCAGGGGCCUUGCAGACAAUGCUUCUUGCCCACAGAGAGUAAAGGGUGGGAUGGGAAGAGGGCGUCAUUCAUUUCUUGUGUCCGAGGCGAAUGGGUGUGAGACGAGCUCAGGCUCACUCUCUUCAAUCUGGAACUUAAUGGGCUCCCAAGCUGCCCCCACACACCAGCCAUUCAUGGAGUGGGUGCCAGGCUCCUCUCUAUUUGAAACUCAAGUCUGUGUGGGAGCCCGGGAUUCCUGAGCGAUUGUUUUAUGGGGUAUAAAGUGUUUCUUCAGCCGGGAGGAUGACGUGGUGCAACGCGAAGCGACUACUUUGCUCGAAGUUAAUUGAGCGUCUUAUAAGGAUUUUCUGCUGUGCAAAUUGACUUUGGACCUGGAUAGGAAACAGGAAAAUAAGCCACGUGCCUCGUAGCAGGUUCCCUGGGAAAUUCCCUCCUCUCCUGAUGUCUUUCCCGCAAGCACCCCCGACCCCAGUGGACGAUGAGAUUUUGCCCCCUCAACCUGAGAACCACAGGAGGUAAUCAGGGUGAGUGCUGGAGAAGCACAAGUGAUUCUGAAGAAGCACAAGGGAGGCUUUGGAGAGCUCUGCCAUGUGAACGGUCUGCUGAGACCAUUCAAUGCGUGCCUUUCUCAUGGCCCAGGUUCUAGCAGCAUCUUUUCUAGUGUGGGAUCCCUCUUCCCUGGAUCUGCCAGAGCCCUGGGUGUUUACUGAGACACACCAUAGAGAAACAGCGAAGGAAGUCAGGUCCGACGUGACAUGUCUGGGUUCUGGCCAUUUCUCUCUAACACCUAAGAAGAGGCUGACAGGGUGCCUGAGGGCCCCAGGGACACCACCCAUCUCCCAAGGGGGUGCUUUUUAGACUUCCGCUUGCCACUUAGCUGUGAGGCGUGAAAUAAUUUAGUGGGCCUUGAACAAUGUGGAUUAAAAGGAGAAUGGAAAAUUUCAACAUGACUGGCACAUAGUAGGGUAAGCAUUGUUUUGUGAAACUUACAUUUCCUGUUUAGGUACACCAAUGGGUACAAUGCAUACCCGCAUAAGAUGUAUUUCUUACUGUAGUCCUGGUUAAAAACAUAUCUAAGUGAUUCUAUUAGAGCACUUCAGCUGAUUCCAAGUAUUCAGGGAGUAAGGGUGGGGCACAGAGUAGGAGUGGGGAGGAAGGUCCCAAAGGGCGGGUUGAACUUUUCUAUCUGCCUUCUGAGCUAAACAUAGAUAGUCUCCCACCCCCUUGAGGACCUAGGGCCUCUGACUCAGCCUUUUGGGGCCGGGAAGACCACCAUGAGCCUUGUGCUUUGACUGUUUCUUGCAGCAGGCCCUGCCAAAAGUACCUGCGUCGGAAAAGCUGCCCUUUGGGAACUUGAACUAAAAGGACUUUAGUGGUUAGUUGUAAAAGUAAAUGACGUACCAAGGGCUUUUAUUCAUCUCUAGAACUCCUGUAAUUUCCAAGAUGAGCAGACUGGAAGCAGAUAGCCCUGCUCCUUAGCCCUGCCUGAAAGAAAGGAGACAGGAGAGGUUGGCCCGCCUGUCUUCUGAUCCCCUCCCUUUCCCAGGUCUCCUUGUCUCUCUUUCCCCUGUCCCUAGCAGGGAAGGAGAUUAGAACAGGCAGCCUUUGGGGACUGUAGGACCCUCUUCCUGAUAGGUCAGAUCAACAGUGGCCCAGGAAGACCCUAGGGGGGGCAGCAAAUAGUGUCUCUGGGGGAGGGAAGAGUCCUCCAGAUGGGGGCUUUGGUCACAUGGCCUCACAUGGUUUACGUCUCAGAGUGACAGGUGUUACCUGUUACAAGACACAAGAGUAAAAAGCAAAGAAGAGUGGGCAAAGGCAGAUCCUCAAGGGAGGUGGGGUCUGCAGGAUCCCCUGAGAGCCAAAAUGGCGCAACCGGGGAGCCCAGUGGCACUGGUGGGUUUCUGAACAUAGGCAUUCCAGGGCUUUGUUAUUUUUCUCCAAAUGGAAACAUCUUUAGAAGAUCAACUGUCAUAAUUCACCCAAGCUACAAGCUCAAACACAGCUAAGAAACGUUGCUCAAGGUAAUUUCCAAAAUUAUUUUCUUCCAACUUUUCAAGGUUGCGGGCGGGGAUUUGUGUUCUCUUCUCAUUUUUGUUUGUUUGCUUGUGGAAGAGACCUCUCCAGGCCCAGUGUUUACCACAAGAUGGGGAGAGUGUAAUUAUCUAUCCCCAGCCACUCUCCUCUCAAGGAGAACUGACUGGAAGUGACGGGACCCUGCCCCACUUGUCCGUGUGAGAGGGAGGCAGGUGUGUCUGUCUAUUAACUAUUCUCUUUUAUCAAUCUCUGUAAAAAAUUUGCAUUUUUGAUAUAGGUCUUGGAUAUUUCUUUAGUGCUCUUUGUAUUUUUUUUCCCAAUACUUUUAUGAAUGCAUUUUUCUCCCUAUAUUUUCUGCUUGUUAGAAUAGAAACAGUGUUUAUUUUGGAGAUUUUGGUAUCUUUAUCUUGUAUCUGACCCCUUCCCUAACUUUUUAUUUAAUACUAAGGAUUUUACAGUCAAUACUUUUAUAUUAUCUCUGUGCAUAAUCAUACUGUAGUCUGUAAGUAACAAACAUCUUGUUUCCUUCUUUCUAUUGUAGAAUUUGAAAAGUUGUCAACGUGUAGUCCUAUUGCCUUAAUUUUGUUUCCAAGUUGAAUUUACUUUGAAAUUUCAAAAAACUUUAAAGGAUAGUAUGUUAUUUUUGUGCUAACCCCAAUGAAGGAUGGGUUUAAGAAGCCUGAACAAUGUCAUCCUGUAGUGCCAAAUGACUAGGAUGGCCUGUAUUUCAGAAGCAUACCCCCACUUUUCUUGAUAGAGUGAGUGUAUCGUCCCGGGUGAAUUCCAGGCAUCCAAUUACUCCAUGAUGCUGUUAUUCCCUGGUGCUUUAGCAUGCAGUACAGCCCGAGUCGGCCUGAACUCUAGGAAAUGUGAUCGUAAGUGGGAAGAACAUGGAAUUGAGAAAGCACACGGUAGGAGCCAGGGCCAACAUUCCCCCCUAAACAAGCCAACCAACAAAAAGCAACGCCAAGCAAGCCCCUUCGAAACUUUCAAGGUCCUCAUCCUGGCACCUUCCGUCAGCUGCUCUAGGAGACAUCUUUCAGCUGUUGAUUUAUGAACGCUGAGAGGCAGGUGGAGGAAUUAAUGGAGGUAAACAUCUAACUUAAAAAUAUUUUAGUAGGCAUUUUUAGGCAAUCCUCCUUUAAAGAAAAGUGUGGAUGCUCUGUACGUGUAUUGACCAUACCUGUAGGGAUAUUGCUGGAGAACACCCAGUGAGCAUCUUCAGGAACCAAGUAACUCAGGGGCUUAGCUCUCAGUCGUUCCGACAGCUGCCAUGAUGCCUUCUGGCCAUUAAACACUUUAAACUCUCUUCUUUCAUCCUCUGUUAUUUGCCUCAGACCCAUAACAGACUCAUUAGUUAAAAACAGGAAGCAAAGGUAAUCCUGAUGUUGAAUUACAACUUAAUGCAGAGCACAGAUAUGAAAAUAAUUCUUUGGGUUUGCUGCAGCAUAAUCCUUGCCAGAUCUCCAAGUUCCAUUCAUCUCAUCAAAAGCCUUAGUUUGAAGAACACUUUGGAGGACUUUUACAUCAAGAGGUCUCCAGUACCUCAAAAAGCAGUGUUCAAAAGGAAAAUGAACACGUGUCUCAGAGGUAGGAAUAAAAACCUUCCUUUGUGCAGUGUGUUAUAUGUGGAAAUGUGGAAUGCAUGUGAUCAUUCUUAUUGUUUUAAAAAACCCCACAAAGAUUGUACAAAUAUGUCAGUUUUUUUGGUGCAAAACCUCACACAAUUAAAAAAAUUAUACUAUGAAAGCAGUUUUGAUCUAUUCUUGAGUCAUUUCUGUGACGUGUGGUUAAAUUUUAAUCUAUGUUUAAAUUUUUUAUUUGAUUCUUCCAAACCAAACACAAUAUCUCAUUGUAAACCAUAUCCGCUGACAGUGAUUUUUCAUCUAGCCUGAAUCAUGCUGAAAACAGGUGUAACCAGAUGUCCUCUUGAGCCUACAAACAACAUUUCAGAAAAUCCUUAUAAGACGCUCAAUUAACUUUGAGCAAAGUAGUUUCCUGUAUCCUUCAAAGAAAGACCUGCUUUCAAAAUGUCACCCCAGUACAUUAAAGUGUUGACAUGCUGUGUAGGGCUAUUAGUUAUAGGGGCAGAAUUCAAAGUAGCUGAUUGGAAGUAGGGCCAGUUGUCUAUCAAAGUAUU